GGCCCGCAGAGGCCGCCGGGGACCCGCGGCCGCCGCCAGGCACCCGAGGCGCGCCUCUUCCGGCUGCUCGGCCGCCUCGGCCGCCGCGAGCGGCACGCGGUGAUCCUGCGGUGCUUCACAGAGCCGCAGAGGCGCGCACUGGAGCGCUGGAUCCUGACGGAGCGACCAGAGGCCAGCGCCGGCGCCCGCGCAAAGAGCAGGUCAAGGAGCACUUCCGCCGCGCCGCCGAGGGCCCCGCGUUCCAGGUCGGGCGUCUGCGGCGUGGAGGGCCACCUGCGCGCCGGGGUGCUGACCUACCGCGCCAGCGCGGCCGCGGGGCCCUUCCGCGUGACGGCGGG